GUCGCGACCGGGUUCGUCAUAAAAAGCUCCUCAAUCAAGAACCCCACCAGGAGUUUUUCCUUUCCUCAGCCCCUGUUGCUCCUCUUCUUCACUCGCUAACCCAGAUGCUGGAACCGCAUCUUCUCCCUCUCUCAGAACCUUCCCUCUCCUUCACGCUUUCUUAGCUACCAACACGACCUCCUCCUCCUCCUCCUCCUCCUCCUCUGGAUUCCUCCGUCUCCUUUCAUUCCGAUCGUUCGAAACGCCAAAAACCCAUGUGAGAUCGCCCCUCAAAACCAUCCCUUUGUGGCCUCCCGGACUCGGCCCCGGCGAUGGACUUCGUCGAGCUGGAAGCGAUCGAAGGGCUCCGGUGGUCGUGGAACGCGUGGCCCACCUCCAAGUCCGAGUCCUCCUCCCUCGUCAUCCCGCUCAGCAUCAUGUGCACCCCUCUCGCCCGGUUCCCCGAGCUCCCCGUCCUCACCUACGACCCCUUGAUCUGCACCCGCUGCGGCGGCGUCCUCAACCCUUACGCCCGCGUCGACUACCCGUCCCGGAUCUGGGUGUGCCCCUUUUGUUACCAGAGGAACCCCUUCCCUCGUUCCUACGCCGGCAUUGGAGAGAACAACCUGCCGGCGGAGCUCUUCCCCACGUACAGCUCCGUGGAGUAUGCCAGCCCGAGCGCGAGCUCGGCUUUGGGUAUCGGUUUUAGCAGUAGUGCGGUUUCCGGGUUGUCGUUGAAUUCGGGUUUUAAUGCGAGGGCGGGGUCGAGUGCUAGUUUGAAUAGGAAUUGGGGUGAUGGGUCGUCGCCGAGUGCGGUUCGGGGAAGUGUGGAGCAUAGGUUUAGUAAAAUGGAAGGGAAAAGUUGGAGUUCGAAUCCUAAUAUGAACCAAGGUUGGGCGAAUGGAUCGCCCAGGUCGAUGCCUUCCGUGGCUUCGGCAUCGUCUUUUUCGUCUUUGUCACUGUCGAGUUUGGAUGUGCGGGGAUUGGGGCCGGCGUUUGUGUUCGUAGUGGAUGUCUGUUCGAGUGAGGAGGACCUGAGGGCGCUUAAGAAUGAGCUGUUGCUUGUGGUGGAGCAGUUGCCGGAGAGCGCGCUGGUGGGGUUGGUUACUUUUGAUUCGAUGGUUAGGGUUCAUGAUCUCGGUUUUGCGGAGUGCUCGAGGGUUGUGGUUUUUCAUGGAGAACGUGAGCUCUCAGCUGAUCAGGUUCAAAAAUUCCUGGGUAUCUAUCGCAAAAGGUAUCAACAACCUGGAAAGUCGCCAGUUAUUCAGAAUCAGGGGUAUUUGCUUCCUGUGUCUGAAUGUGAAUUCAGCAUCACAACUGCUAUUGAAGAGAUCCAUUGUUCAACAGCAGCUCAGCCUGCGUCUCGUCCUCUGAGAUGUACAGGGACUGCAAUAUCAGUUGCAGUGGGACUUGUGCAAGGGUGCUUGAGCAAUGUGGGGUCCCGGGUCAUGGUAUUCACAUCAGGACCCGCCACUCUUGGCCCUGGGAUAGUUGUUGAUCCUGAUAGGAGUAAUUCCAUCCGAACACACAGAGAUCUCAUUAAUGGUUAUGCACCAUACUAUUUGAAAUCUUGCAGCUUUUACAAGAGAUUAUCACAGAGGUUAUCUGAUGCAUCCAUUGUUCUUGAUUUAUUUGCGUGUUCCCUUGAUCAAGUCGGAGCUGCAGAACUAAAAGUUUCUGUAGAGAAUUCGGGUGGAUUCAUGAUGCUGGGAGAAUCUUUCGAGUCGUGUGAAUUCAGAAAGUGCUUGAAGAACUUCUUCAGUCGCGAUGAACAAGGGAAUCUGAAAAUGUACUUUGAUGUAACAAUUGAGGUAGUGACAACACAAGAUCUGAAGAUUUGCGGUGCUUUAGGACCCUGUGUUUCUCUUCAGAAAAGCAAUGGUUUAGUGAGCAAUAACGUGGUCGGUGAAGGUGGUACUAAUGCGUGGAAGGUGGGCACGCUCACAAAUAAAACAUGCAUAGCUUUCUUCUUCCAAGUAGGUGACGAGCAAAAGAUCCAGCCAGGAACCGCAUUCUUCAUACAGUUCAUAACAAGUUAUCGCUAUGGAAACUCGGGUAUUAGGAAGAGAGUGACAACUGCUGCGAGGAGAUGGGUUAGCAAGAACUCCCCUGAAACUGCCUCAGGGUUUGAUCAAGAAGCAGCAGCUUCAGUUAUGGCUAGACUUGCCAUCCACCGCAUGGAGAGCUGCUAUGCUCGAGAUGUGAUUAGAUGGUUGGACGAUGCACUUAUCCGUUUCGCUUCUAAGUUUGGAGACUACAUACAGGAAGAUCCGUCUACAUUUCGCUUGUCUUCAAACUUCUCACUAUAUCCCCAGUUCAUGUACUAUUUGAGGAGGUCGCAGUUUAUAGAUGUUUUCAAUAGUUCCCCAGAUGAGACAGCUUUCUUUCGACUGAUGCUUAACCGUGAGGGUGUAGUGGGAUCUCUUAUCAUGAUCCAGCCCACACUAUUCCAGUAUUCGUUUGACGGGCCCCCGGUUCCGGUUCUACUAGAUGUUCGGUCCAUCUCUCCCGAUGUUAUAUUACUUUUUGAUUCUUAUUUUUAUGUGGUUAUUCAUUAUGGGUCUAAGAUUGCCCAGUGGAGGAAGCUUGGCUAUGAUAAAGACGCAAACCAUGAGAAUCUAAGGAAGCUGUUGGAGGCCCCAGAAAUCGAUGCGGAACAGUUGGUGGCUGAAAGAGUUCCGCCACCAAAGCUGAUAAAAUGCAACCAGCACAGUAGUCAGGCAAGGUUUCUUCUUGCUAAGUUGAACCCAUCAGUUACUCAGAACUCCACCUACACCGACGGGUCGGAUGUUAUUUUAACUGAUGAUUUGAGCUUGCAAGUUUUUAUAGAGCACCUGCAAACUUUGGCAGUUCAGGGGUAAUUUUCCCUUCCCUUUUUUCCCUCCCCCUUCCCUCUCUGGGCUAUUUUUUUGUUUGCUUGGAGAAGUUUCAUUGCGUACUAGCUUUUUAGGCAAAUGUUGAGAUCAUGUAUUGGUAGGUACAGGUUUGCAUUUGCUACAGGUAUAAGUUUGUUGUACAUUUUGUAAAGGUCUGUAAUUGUUGCCCAUCUAUGGUGUAACAGUUUGUUUUGUUGAUGAAUGAGAUGAGACCUGCAGAGGUAAGACAAUUCGGAGGAAACGUC